UAAGUAACAAAUUCGUACACAAUGAAUGUCCUACAUAUAAUUUCUUAUCAAUAGGGACUAAUAUGAAUCACAGACAGGUUGUAUUGGUGUUAUUGUUUAUAUAUUGGAUAUGUGCAAGUACAUGUCAGCCUGCGGCGAGCAAUGGUCCAUGUGGUAGCUGGGUUUCCCUCUCGGAAUCAUGUUUCUUGUUUUCGGACUUUACUGCAUCCUGGGGAGAGGCAUUAGCAAUAUGCAGAGCAUUUGAUGCUAACCUUAUCGCCAUAGAAUCAAGUGAUAAGAACUUUUUGCUUGAAGGAUACCUACAAAAUAAACAUCCGCAUGGGGCAGACUACUGGACUGGAGGGAAUGAUAUCGAAAAGGAGGGAAGUUUCAAUUGGAUUGGAUCCCAUCACCCGUUUGCCUUCACAAACUGGAUGACUGGACAACCUGACGUAUCGGAACAAGACUGUGUGGAGAUCAGAGGAAUCAGCAACUUCAAGUGGCAUGACGAAAACUGCAACCAUCAACAUCUCUUUAUAUGCGAAAAACCGCUUGGUGGCUCACCAGAAAUAAUUGGCUAACACCCGCAUGAAUGAUCUCCUUAUUUUUUUUCUUUACAUCCUUUCAAUCUUUAGCCAGACCUUCUGAUGUUAGAAUGAAUAUGUAAAAAAGAAUCUUGUUUUUCAUAUUAUUUGUAAAAAAUAGUCCUAUUGUGAAGACGUGGU